GACGACGCGGGAGGACCACUGCUGCUGCUGAGCUGAUGGAAAUAAAAGACCACCGGGUUAUCAUUUUCUAAUUUACUAAUUUGGUUGUUGUUCCUUGGAGUGAAGGUAAUAAUAUGAGCUCGUUGCCGAGCAGGAUGGGGAGUCAGGCCGUGUUGCAGACGUUGAACAAGGCCACCACUCAGCGACUCUUCCUUGCCUCCUGCUACCCCUGCGAAAUCCCCUCCGCACACCGUGUCAACGUCCAAACUAUGGACUUUGAUGGGUGGCUCAAAAUGUACUUUACAAAAUGGAUUUCUUACUAUGCUCACGACACGACUGGGAAAUGCAAAGAGGGAGAUAUCGUGCUUGUCGAGGAACUUCCACAACGCCUCACCCGAGAUAUUACGCACCAAAUUAAGCGCAUCGUCUACCCAUUUGGCGAUAUGGUUGAUCCAGUCACGGGCAAGAAGUGUUAUCGAACCCAGUAUAGAGAUGACGUUAAACGAAUUAACGAGUUGUGGGGGGUUAAUCCUGGGCUGAAAUAUGACUACGAUAAGGCUCCUCCCCGUGGUUGGCAAGAAGGUCGCAAGGAUUGGACACACAAGAAAGGUUACCGCAAAUUCCACGAGUUCACCGACCGCGACCAGCCUGAGGCUUCUUGGUAGCAAGAGGAAGAGGGUGGUGGUCAGGUGGUCCUCUGUUAUUUCGUAGUCAGUCCAGCUCACUUUAUUUUAUAAGAAUAUAAUUUAUGUGGUUAUAAUAAUUCAAAAUAGUUAGGCCUGAGAUAAUAAAUUGUUUAUUGUGUGGUGACUAUAUA